GGAGCCCACCGCCUGACUCCCAAAACGAACACCAUUUCCGGUCCACCCCAGAGCGGCCGCCCUCUUCGCUCUGAGGCAGCUACCGCAGGCCCCGCGGCUUCGCCUUCACGCCCGCCACGAUGCACUUGCCGCCCACCUUGCUGCCCGAGCCGCCCUCGCAGGUGCGCCAGAGCUACCACCCCGACUGCGAGGCCGCCGUCAACAGCCAUUUCAACCUGGAGUUCCACGCCUCCUUAGUGUGCCUGGCCACGGCCGUUUACCUCGACCGCGACGACGUGGCCUUGAAGCACUUCACCCGGUUCUUCCUGCGCCGCUCCCGCGAGCACAGCAUGCGGGCCCGGUGCCUGAUUCGCCUGCAGACCCAGCGCGGGGGCCGCCUCGACUUCCAAGACAUCAGGAGCCCAGUCAGUGUCAACUGGAAGAGCGGCCUCAAGGCCAUGAAGUGCACCUUGUUCCUGGAAAAGUUCAUGAACCACAGCCUGCUCCACCUGCACCAGCUGGCCAUCGACAAGAGCGACCCCUACCUGCACCACUUCCUGGCAACUCACUACCCCAGCCAGCAGGUGGCGUUCAUCAGGGAGCUGGAGGGUCAUGUCACCAGCCUGAGCAUGAUGGGGGCCCCGGACGUCGACCUGGCAGGGUCCCUCUUUGACAAGCUCACCCUGGGCAACAGCGAUAAGAACUGA